UCUGAGCGUCACAUCAGCACCAAGCGGGAAGGAGCGGGCUGGUGGCGGAGCAGUUUGAGCACAAGUCGACUUUUUCUUUUCUUUCUUGUAUUAUUUAGCUAGCUAGCGAGCAGGCGGCCAGGCUAGCUAAAUAAGGAGCAACGGGAUUACUAAACAUGCCGCGAGAAAUCAUCACGCUCCAGCUCGGACAGUGUGGAAAUCAAAUUGGUUUUGAGUUUUGGAAGCAGCUGUGUGCGGAGCAUGGCAUCAGUCCGGAGGGGAUUGUUGAGGAGUUUGCAACUGAGGGGAACGACAGGAAGGACGUGUUCUUCUAUCAGGCUGACGAUGAGCACUACAUCCCACGUGCGGUUCUCCUGGAUCUAGAGCCGAGGGUGAUCCACUCCAUCCUCAACUCUCCCUAUGCAAACCUUUACAACCCAGAGAACAUCUACCUCUCCGAGCACGGAGGAGGCGCCGGGAACAACUGGGCUAGUGGAUAUUCACAGGGUAAAAAAAUCCAAGAAGACAUCUUUGACAUCAUUGACCGGGAGGCAGAUGGCAGCGACAGUCUGGAGGGAUUCGUCCUGUGUCAUUCCAUCGCUGGGGGGACGGGCUCGGGGCUUGGAUCCUAUUUGCUGGAGAAACUCAACGACAGGUCAACAAAUGCAACUUGUUGGAAAACCUUUUUUUUUUUUUUUUUUGGAGGCCAAAACAUUUCUUUGUGUGUGUGUAUAAUAUACAUUCUGAUCUGCAGGUACCCAAAGAAGCUGGUGCAGACUUACUCUGUUUUCCCAAAUCAGGAUGAGAUGAGUGACGUGGUCGUUCAGCCGUACAACUCGCUGCUCACACUGAAGAGGCUCACCCAGAACGCCGACUGCGUGGUGGUGUUGGACAACACGGCUCUGAAUCGCAUCGCCACCGACAGGCUGCAUAUCCAGAACCCCUCGUUCUCCCAGAUCAAUCAGCUGGUUUCCACCAUCAUGUCUGCCAGCACAACCACUCUGCGCUACCCAGGCUACAUGAACAACGACCUCAUUGGCCUGAUUGCAUCCCUCAUCCCCACACCCCGCCUCCACUUCCUGAUGACCGGCUACACACCACUUACUACUGACCAGUCGGUUGCUAGCGUGAGGAAGACCACGGUGCUGGAUGUGAUGAGGAGGCUUCUGCAGCCCAAGAACGUGAUGGUGUCCACGGGACGAGAGAAGCAGCCCAGCCACUGCUACAUCGCCAUCCUGAACAUCAUCCAGGGGGAGGUCGACCCCACGCAGGUGCAUAAAAGCCUCCAAAGGAUCCGGGAGCGUAAGCUUGCCAGCUUCAUUCCAUGGGGUCCCGCCAGCAUCCAGGUGGCUUUGUCUAGGAAGUCCCCGUACCUGCCUUCGGCCCACCGAGUCAGCGGCCUGAUGAUGGCCAACCACACAAGCAUCUCCUCUCUGUUUGAGCGGACGUGCCGGCAGUACGACAAACUGCGUAAGCGCGAAGCCUUCCUGGAGCAGUUCCGCAAAGAGGACAUAUUCAAGGACAACUUUGACGAGCUGGACAACUCUCGCGAAGUCGUCCAGCAGCUGAUCGACGAGUACAGCGCGGCCACGCGGCCCGACUACAUUUCCUGGGGCACGCAAGAACAGUGAACAGACAUCUUGUGUCUCGACUACAAUUGAGUCGGCAUACAGGCGUAGCGGGUUUAUUCUAACUCAACUUCUUCCACUUUUCCAAAAUAUUGUCUCCUACAUAUAGGUGUCCCCAAAAAGACAGGUAAUUGGCUAUAGCUGUUUCUCUGGGGAAUAAUGUGUAUUCGCUUGUUAUAGUAUAGCGUUGCAUUUGAAGAGACUGAUGGAUUAGUGUUAACAUCCUCUAUUAUUCUAUUAACCAAAAAGUCAAAUGGACUGAACUGUAUCACAUUCUUAAAGCCAGUUCAAAUGAAACAAUCCUCACCAGUUCAGGGAAGUAAGAGUUCGUCUUUCAUGCAAAUCUGUGCAGAAAGCAUCAAUAUAUCGUGUACAAAACAAUCUAUAAACGUCUGUUAAUAGUUUUUUAUUUUUUCCUAUAUUCAGCUUUCCUGCCUUGUAGCUUAUUGUUUUCCAGCCCGUUUGCCUUGUUUUGGUCUUGUUUUUGUGCUGAGUACAGUACGAAGUCUUUGUGCAGUAGAAUUACAGUCAAACGUCCACAGCCUACGACAUACUUGCCUUGAAUAAUGGGAGUAAGCUUGAUGGACUGUUGCAUGAUGGUUAAUGCGAGUGCCCCAGGCCUUUCUGUCUUGGCGAUUCGUGCCGACUGUCUGCUGCGGACACGCAUUGCUCAUUUGUCACCGCUGUACAUGACCAACAAGAAUGUGUCAAGUAGAAUUUGGGCGUGAGCCCAAAAAAAUGAUGUUGACAUUUCAACGGCGUUUGUCAGGUACAAUGGAGAAAAGUUAACAGUUUGCACAGCUGAACAUGAUGUACAAGGAUGUACCACUUCAUCUCUAUGCCUGUAAAUAUA